AUGUCUCCCACGCCUCGCUCCGACCUUCUCCCCUCUGAUCAACAGGCUGAAUACGGACCACGGAUAGGGGCAGCCAAUUGGGUCUAUCCUGAGGCCCGCGGGCGGGAGCGUGCCGCAUGCAUGCAGCCUUGGCAGCUUACAGCCAAGCCUUUGCUCGGCGAGGCUGGGCGGCUGACCCCUCCCGGAGCAAGUCGUGGCAUGCCCCGCCCUGUGCCGCAGCAGGUGGGAGGUGGAGUCGGGGCUAUAAACUCCGGGGCCGGAGUGGCGCCGGUCCCGUGCCCCGAGCCCCGAGCCACAGUCCCGAUGACCGGCCGCCGGGCGUGGUGA